CUCUUUAUUUUCCACUCCUUCUUCACAUAGCAAAUAAAAUGACCGAAGUCAUGAAGACUCCGCCACCAUCUGCAUUUUCCCCGCAUUUACGGCCUUCAGACAAUGAUCGAUCGAAUCAUCGUCGUAGUAACCGGCAACAGCGAUCGUACAGUAGACAACCUAGUACUGAUCAUGAAGAAAGUGACGAUGAAUUAAGAGAACCUAGUGAAUGGGAUUAUCCAGACCAGGCACUCCAGCGACAUAUGGAGCUUUUGGAUGAAAAAAGAACGGCCAAUUUAGAGAGGUUAAACAACAUAUUCGAGUUGCAAAAGGAAAACCUGAAAAAAAUGUCAGAUGCCUUUGAAUAUCAGGCUUGGGAAGACUUUGCGUUUUCAAGGUUGUCACUACGUCGAUCUAUGACGGAGCACGUUUGCGAAAAGAUAGUCAAAUUGCAGGAUGAGCUAGAGGGUCGACCAAUAGCACGAGCGUCUACCAACCCGCUUCAUUUGGCGUGGAAUCCGCCGGAACGACCAGAGAGUAUUAGUUCCUUUGUACAGGGUUUAGAAGAAUAUGAGAUAGACGAUGAUAUACGGCGAGCCAAAGGCCAGUACAUGCUAAGAGACUGGGCUGAGAGCUCUAGUGACGACGACGACUCAUAACCUCACCAUUAUAAAUAAUAAAAAUUCCACUCACAAGGUAGCCAUUUGCUCCUCAUUCCACUCUUUUAAA